UGGCUCCACUGGAGGAAGCACACCCAGGUCUCACAUUAAAGAAGCCAAACUGUCUGCUUCAAAGAGAAAAGGUCACAUCCUGUCACAGGCCAUGCUCUGGCAAAAACCCACAGCUCCAGAGCAAGCCCCAGCGCCACCCCGGCCAUACCAAGGUGUCCGAGUGAAGGAGCCAGUGAAAGAGCUGCUGAGAAGGAAGCGUGGCCAUGCCAGCAGCGGGGCGACCGUCCCACCUACUGCGGUGGUGCUGCCCCACCAGCCCCUGGCGACCUACACCACAGUAGGUCCUUCCUGCCUGGACAUGGAGGUCUCUGCUUCUACAGUGACAGAGGAGGGGGCCCUAUGUGCUGGCUGGCUCUCUCAACCUGCCCCAGCCACCCUCCAGCCCCUGGCCCCAUGGACGCCCUAUACUGAGUAUGUGUCUCAUGAAGCCGUCAGCUGCCCCUACUCAGCUGACAUGUAUGUGCAGCCUGUGUGCCCCAGCUACACAGUUGUGGGGCCGUCCUCAGUGCUGACUUAUGCCUCUCCGCCACUCAUCACUAAUGUCACGACAAGAAGUGCUGCCGCACCCACAGUGGGAACCCAGCUGGAGGGUCCAGAGCACCAGGCUCCCCUCACCUAUUUCCCGUGGCCUCAACCCCUUUCUACGCUGCCCACCUCCACCCUGCAGUACCAGUCUCCAGCCCCAACCCUGCCUGGGCCUCAGUUUGUCCAGCUCCCCAUCUCUAUCCCUGAGCCAGUCCUCCAGGACAUGGAUGACCCCAGGAGAGCCAUCAGUUCCCUGGCCAUUGACAAGCUGCUUUUGGAGGAAGAGGGGAGCAAUGCAUAUGAGCUCAACCACACCCUCUCUGUGGAGGGUUUUUAGGGCUGAGAGUCAUUGUCCCUGAAACUGGGAUUUUAAAAGGAGCCUAGAAUGAAGCCCUGAUUCAUAUUUGUUGGAGGCGUCAUCUCAUAGCUAUACUUUCUACCCCAAACUACAAUUGGAGUCUUUUCUCCCUCCCUUCCUUCUUCCCUUCUUCCCUCCUCCUCUCCUUCUCCUCCUAUCUUUCCUCCUUCCCCUUUUCUUUAUUUCUUUCUUCUUUCCAGUUUUCUUCCUUAUGGGGAGGGAAUUACAGGGAUAUUAGCAGUACUAUUUUAUGCCAAGUGUUGACAAGUUGCUCUCACAUCUCAUUCCUCAGAGAACCCCUGUUCUCCAGUGCAGUUAGCAGCAGUACUGUGGAACUGUCCUAGGUCUAGGUUAUGCCCGCUGUCAUUUUGAAGUGUAUGGGUGCCCACAGGAAAACUAGUGCUGCCACCUACUCCCUAGUGAAGUGGCCAAGGGCAGACCUGAUGCCAGUGUCCUUGAGCUGUCAGUUCUCACAGUUGCUCUUUGUUUGCUGUUCUCAGUCUUGGCCAGAUUUCAGGUCUGGG